AUGGCGCAGAACAAUCUAGAAGUCGGCAUGAAGUGCAUAAAGUAUAUGCUUUUGUGUGUUACGGCCAUUUUCGUGUUAACUUCGGCCUUGAUAAUCUCUGUUGGGACGACAAUAUACGCUAUAUUCUAUGAUGUUUCAUUCUUCCUGGACAGCCAGUUAUUCUCACCGGCUACAUUCAUCAUCGUCAUUGGAGUCAUCAUGCUGUUUGUUUCUCUUUUCGGAUGCAUUGGUGCUUUGAAGGAGAGCACCUGUUUAGUUAACAUUUUUGCAGUGAUACUCAGCUUGGUUCUGGUACUAGAGAUCUCAGCCGCCAUCGCUGCCUAUACCCUGCGGGCACAAGUAUCUGACAUGUUGGAUAGUAACCUCAGAGAAACCCUACCCUCAUAUAAUUGGAGCCCUGAAGUGCAAGAGGGCUUCGACUUCAUCCAGAGUAGGUUGAACUGCUGCGGCGUCGACAGCUACAUGGACUGGGGUGAAAUAACUAUCCAACAAGGCAUCGCCGUCAAUAACAUCACCGUGCCAUUCUCUUGUUGCGCACAAACACACUACCAGGUAAUUGGCGAUAAGGAAGUCGAUGAAUGCACAAAGCUGUAUGCGAAUGGCUGCCUUCCUAGGAUCACGUACCUGAUCUACCAGAGCGCGGGACUGCUUGGUGCUGGUGCCAUGACUAUUGCCUUUAUCCAGGUAAUUGGAAUAAUUUUCUCAUUCUCGCUGGCCAGUUCCAUUCGCAAAGCGAAGUCUGAGCGCGAGCGCAGGCGCUGGGAGAUUCAGGAGCGUAUGAUCAACGCCUACACCACUCUCAACCCCAAAGAAGAGAAAAGCACGCCUGUUGUGUAUGUGCCAUUCCAAGGACAGACCGCU